AUGGCGUUCCUACGUGUGUCGUUGCUGUUGGUCUUCUUAACCCUCCUCUACUGGACGACCACCUCUGCUCUGUCACAUGAUCCCACCAUCAACCUCACCAACUCUCGACCCCCCACCAGGGUCAAGAGAGCCCUGCCCCACUAUACUAAAGAGAGAACAAAAGAAUUCAUGGAGUCAGGAAAAGCCGCUCUGGCUGUAGUCAAAGAUGCGUUUGGCUUUGUUCAGACCACAAAAACGCUGGUAGGCAUAACAAAGAAGAUUGCACAGGGCAUGAGCAUGUUGCCGAGCGUUGUAGGUCUGAUUUUCUCCGUUAUCAACAUCAUAUUGGGCUUCUUUCCUCAGGAGAGCCCCAUGAAACAGCUGCAGGCUGAUCUGGAUGAGGUGAACAGGAAGCUGGACUCUCUCUCCAUGGAGAUCUCCAACCUGGCAACGGAUGUGGAAUGGCACAACUACGCCAGCGUCUACUCUCAGGACGAGGUCCGCAUCCUCAACGCCUGGAAGAACUUCAAUGUGAUCUUCAACAGUUCCAUGUCAGCACAGAGCGAGGAGAAAAAGAUCCGUCUGGCUGAGAUGUUCACCACCUUCUAUGAGAACACGGCCACUGAAGGCAGCGUGGCCAGCCUCUACCACUACCUGACCGUCAGGGGCACGUCUCUCAGCAAGAACCUGCUCGACAUCCUGACCAGGAAGUCUAAAUGUAGCAUUUAUGACAUAGGCAUGUACAGCAUCUAUUUCAACAGCCUGAUGUAUAGGGGGAUGUUCCUCAACCAGGUCUACUGGAGUCUGAUGGGUUUCAACACGUCAGUCAAGGCAGCUGAAUACACCUCAAUGAUGAAAAAAAUCGUCAAUGCUGAGAAAGAAGCUGUGAACUAUUGCAAGACAAAUUACAUGGAGUUCGUGAAGAUGGAGGUGGUGGAGAUCAGCAAAAAAUACAGCAAGAGUGACAAAAAAGAAAUUGCUGAACAGAUCAAAUGGGCCUUGGACAAGAAGUACUUCUGGUACAGCUGGGUGGUGGUGGUGUACGACACGGAGCAGGACUACCCUGACAAAACAGAUGGUUUCACUGUAAUCCCAAUGAAGGAGAUCACCGUCGCCGUGGGAAGAACAGAUCUCUGCAAAUCUGAAACUCCCUGUAUGAAUAAUGGCACAUGUAAGAUACUGCUUGAGUCCAACCAAUGGGAGUGUGAAUGUCCAGACGGUUACGAUGGAUACACGUGUGAGAAGCAAACUCCGACCUUCAGUGAGGACAUCAAGAAACUCGUGUCUGAACCUCUGCCCGCCAUCAGCACCAUCGACACCAAGCUGAACAAAAUCAGUGACACACAAAGCACGUUGAAGAAAUCUCUUGAUAAGAUUUUCUUGCUCCUGACUAAGAGGAAAGGCUGA